AGGAGCAGCGAGAGAGGAGAGCUCUUCACUCAGCUCGCUGGCAGGCUGGAGUCGUCCGAAAUAAUUAAUAAUAACAACAGCCCUGUCCUGUGACUACGCGAGUGGGAGCUUCUUCAUGUUAUAUAACGUACGAGGACUGUCAAGAGUAAGCCAACCGACCGUUAAGGGUAUUUUUCAGCGCGGUGCUGGUGGAACAUCCCGAAGAACAGGAGGCAGAAGCACAAAAAGGCCCAGAGGAGUAAGACUGGGACUCGGACUGAAGAAGCUGCUGAGAACCUUUUAGCAGAGCACUGCCUCCAACAUAAAUCUCACAAAACACUGCUGUUGCUUUCAGGUAUCUGAAUCCUGCAUGUACUCACCCCACCAUACAUGCAAAUGGCUUGUUGUCUGAAGGACGAGCUCCUGUGUUCCAUCUGCCUGAGUAUUUACCAAGACCCGGUGAGUUUCGGUUGCGAGCACUACUUCUGCCGAAAGUGCAUCACAGAGCAUUGGAACAGACAGGAGCACCACGGGACACGAGACUGUCCUGAGUGCAGGAGGACCUUCACCGACCCACUGCUCUCGCCAAGCCUGAAGCUCUCCAACAUCGUGGAGAGGUAUUCAGCUUUCCCGCUGGACGCCAUCCUCAAUGCCCAGAGGAGCUCCUACCCGUGCAAGGACCACGAGAAGGUCAAGCUCUUCUGCCUCAGUGACAAGAGCCUGGUUUGCUUCUUCUGCGACGAGCCUGCCUUACACGAGCAGCACCAGGUGACCACCAUCGAUGAAGCCUAUGAGGAAAUACAGAGGGAGAUGAAAGAGCAGCUGGCGGCUCUGCAGGACAGUGAACGGGGUCAUACGGAGGCUCUGCAGCUGCUGCAGAGGCAGCUCACUGAAACAAAGUCUUCAGCAAAGAGUUUGCGAGCCACUAUAGGCGAUGCGUUUGAGCGGCUACACCGCUUCCUGCGUGAGAGGCAGAAGAGCAUGCUGGAGGAGCUUGAGGCCGACACAGCUCGCACACUGUCUGACAUCGAGCACAAGAUCCAGCGCUACAGCCAGCAGCUCCGGGACGUCAAAGAGGGCAUCCAGAUACUGCAGGAUAAACUCAGCGAGACCGGCCGCCACGAGUUCCUGGAGGGCGUGGCGCUCACGUCCGAGAGAGAGCAAGUGAUUCGUGGAGGUUUUUGCUGGUGGAAGCUGCCAAGAAUAAAAGGCAAAAUCCACGAAACCAACCUUACUUAUGAAGAUUUCCCAACAUCCAAAUACAUGGGGCCAUUACAGUACACAAUAUGGAAGUCUCUGUUCCAGGAUAUUUCACCAGUGCCUGCUGCCUUGACGCUGGACCCCCUGACUGCCCACCAGAGGCUGAUACUGUCCGAUGACUGCACCAUAGUGGCGUAUGGGAACCUGCACCCACAGCCACUCCAGGACUCGCCCCGUCGAUUCGACGUGGAAGUGUCUGUGUUAGGAGCUGAAGGUUUCUGUUCGGGUGUCCACUACUGGGAGGUGAUGGUCUCCGAGAAGACUCAAUGGAUGAUUGGCGUGGCCAACGAAACAGUCAACCGCAAGGGCAGCAUCCAGAUCCAGCCCAGCCGUGGCUUCUACUGCAUCGUCAUGCAUGAUGGAAACCAGUACAGCGCCUGCACUGAGCCUUGGACACGCCUCAACGUCAAAAGCAAGCUGGAAAAAGUGGGUGUCUAUUUGGACUACCCCAAAGGCCUGCUGGUCUUCUACAAUGCUGACGAUAUGUCCUGGCUCUACACCUACCGAGAGAAGUUCCCUGGCAAGCUUUUCCCUUACUUCAGCCCUGGCCAGAGCCACGCCAACGGAAAGAACGUGCAGCCCUUGCGGAUCAAUACCGUGCGUCUAUAGGAAUCCCACUUAGCUAGCCAACUGACCCAGGCUGAGGAUCUGAUUCAAGCUUCUAAAGAACUAUAGAUUUUUUUCCUUUCUUUUAUUCUUUGUUUUUGAAGAAAGCCCAGGGUCUAUAAAGUUAAUUUCUUUCACUUUGCUUUAAGGCACUUGCAGUUGUGGAUGUUUGUGGUGAGGGAUGAAACAGUUGGCCUACCAGACGUGCGUUUUGGCACCUUUAAGGCCUCUUAAAGCGUUGUAGCAAGGACUUGCAUAGGAAAUAUUAAUGGAAAUUCUUGCACACUGUCUGAGGAAGAGACUUCUGUGGGCUUUUUUUUUUUUUUUUUUAAUUGUUUUGUACAUUCAGUGUUGCUGGUCAUUUGUAAUCCUGCCGUAGCCCUCUCACUCUCCCAGGGUCACCCAGCUGCUCAUACACAAUGCUCCAACUCAUAUCCUCUCAGCCUCCAGAGGCCAAGCACUCCCCCUCCCCUCCUUCUGCCUGGGGAGAGAGCUCCUCUGUUCUGCAGCCAGAGAUGUGAAGAUGUGUCGCCUUUUACUUAUUGUGCAAUUGGCUUUGGCGUGUUUGUGGAAUGUCCAGUACUGUACUGCUACACUACCUUUUUUUUUCCUUAAAUAUUAUUAUUAUUAUUAUUUGGCGCAGGUUAUAUCUUGUGCAUUGCUGGUGACUGAUGAGAUCUGAGUAUGUUCUCUUGGUGACUUUUACUCCCUCUUGCUUUGUUCUGUGGUAAAAACGGCACGUGGAUUCUUCCUCAGGUGACAUUUAUCCCCAACGCCAGUCUGCCGCGUGAGACUUUGCAGUCGUCCAGCAUAAGUUCUGUGUGGGUGCAUCUGUAGAAUAUAUUGCGUUUAGUACAAGUCUGUCCCCGACCCCCUUUACCCUUCAUCCUUCUCAUGCUGACUUGAGAUUCAGGCCAAUAAAAGAUGGAGUCGUGUGCUGCACAUGUAUCUGCUGCUGGUGGAGUGUGCAAUUGUACAUACUGCAGAUGAUCGCUACACAUCGUCCUUUGUCGGUGGGUGUGACCCCACAGUCUCCUCUGCAUGUUACUUUUAUUUUGUUUAUCCAGCCCGUUUUUGCUACCUUCCUGCUCUCCUUAGAACCCCUCUGCUUUUCCCUGGGACGUCUCAUUAGGAUGGUCAGUGUGUUAAAGAGAGCGCAGGAUUAUCACAUCAGGCCAUCUGUCAACUCCAACACAUCUAAUGAGGCAUAAACUGUGUAAGGCGGCUGCCUGAUUUUUCAAUUACCAAAGUCUGCAAAGUCAUUCCAUUCCGUUUUAUUGUGUAUACCACCAGUGGCAAUGAAAAAUUAAUGGGCCAAAUACCUUUUCCUGAAUUGACCCUCUAUGUAAAUAGUUCACUCCAAAUGUUUUCUUUUUUCCUGUUGUGGUGUAGUUGGUGAGAGAAAAUGCCUAAAGAGUAGGGAUUUUGCCACUUAAGUCUUACGUGAUAGUACUGCACAAAAUGCUCAAGAACACUAUACCUGUUUCUGAAUGCACUUUAAUGUUCCUUAGUUGCCCAUGAAGGAACGUUGCCACUACUGCAGUGUAAUCAUUUGCUAUACUGAUAUUCUCUAAGGUCCAAUUAUAAAACGCAGUCUCUCUGUUCUAAUACUUCAGGGAGCUUUUGCAGUUUCUUUGUAUUUGGGAUCUUCCCACAUCAGCAAUAGCCAAUUCCUGUUCUACAUCUCUGCCCUGAUCGCAUAGCAAAAUGCAGGGUUGUUCAACUGGCAGGAAACCAUGGGACAACAUCUGUACCUUGGAUGGAAGUGUUCAUUAUGAAUUAGUAGUCAUAUGACUACUAAUGGCUUUGGAUGGCCUAAAACAUAACCAGAAAAUUCACCGAACAUGUAUGUGUAGAACUCUUGAGUUGUGUAUUCAUGAUCUGAUUUUGAAUGUGAAUUUCCUCGUUUUUCACACCUUUUAUUGUUCAUCGGUUUCGCUCCAUUUGUUUUCUAACGUUCAGUCAUAGCAAGUUCCCGCUUUUUCAAGGAUCUCUUGUACGAUGGCUCCCUGUGAGGGUGUGGCAACAUCAUUUCAAGCUUUUUCCUGCAGUGUAGAGCAGUUGGCAAAGAAUGCUAACCUGAAGUUAGAGCGAUAGCAUUUUUUUUUCUGUCAUUUCAAGCCUUUCCAAGUUGGAUCCCGUUAGAAACCCAGCUGUGCUCUUAAAUCAGUAGUGCCUUAGAUGGUGGAGCUAGCUGGGAGUCCCCCCAAACGAAAUGUUUAAUUCUGUGCUCCAAAGUCAACUCCUCUGAGUUUUAAUUCAUUUACCGUCAGCUGGUCAGCGGGUUUCGUCCAGCCGCAGAAGACCUGAAGCUCUUCUGUGCAGCACUUCUUUAGCACUGCACUGCUUCUGAGAAACUGGGCUAAUGCAGGGCAGACUUAGUCAUUCCUGAUUUCUUUCAGUCCUUCGUUCCGUGUAUUAAACCCAUACCUCUCUACGCCUCUUGGGUUAUAUUUUCCUGUGUGUGCUGUCUGUUGUAUUGAUGUUUAAAGUCUAGGGCAGCAUUGUGGGAUGUGCGCACCUGCACAUGUAAGUGUAACAGGGACCUCUGCAGAGCCUGCACCACAUAAGACUGUUCACGUUCAUCUGAGGCACUCAGUCCUUUUUAUCGGGUGGUGGGAAACUUAAGAUAUAUAGUUAAGAGUUUACUAUGCGUAUUAUAAUGAUUAUAACGGUGAUGAAUAUGAUGAUUGUGCUUUUGGACGACGGACGCUUUGCACCCAUCAUUGUGUAAAUGCAUUCUGGCGUGCUCUCGCUGCUGGAGGUUCAUGAAAAAUGUUUUAAUGUACAAUUAAAGAGUGGUGAUACCAUCAA